AUGCUGACGGCAGUCCGAGCAGAUGCAGUGGUGCAAGACCCGAUGAAAGCACAGGCCAACAGUUUCGGCUGGCUCGCUAUCCGCAACGUGACCUACUGCCUCUCUUCCGAUCCUGACCCGGCCAACAAGCCGCGCGGGGUGCAGCCCAAGACGAACAACUUUGCAUCUCUGGGCUCGGGCGCUCCUACAACGAAGCAGUUGACAGGGAUGGGCGACAGCGUGGUGGUGCUCUACCAUCCCGAGAACACGAACAAGGCGAUCGCCUGGUGCAACACUCUAGUGGCGUUUCAGAGCACCGAACAUGUCAAGUGUCACAUUGCGCUACCGACUUGUCAGAGGUGUGAUGCGGUGAGGUCCAAAGACGGUACGGAAGAUAGGGUUGCGACGACCGAGGCUACCAAAGGCCGAGAGCGGGAGGAGAUAGGCAAGAACAGGGCACCGAGCGGCAAGUUGGGGCAGCCCAGAACGCCAAAGAUUCAGGCCGGUACGGAUGGGUACUAUGAUACAUUGGUAGCGCUGCAGAGGAAGGGGGCAGGUGGGAGGGAUCCGAACGACCCCUGGGUCCGUGCACCAGGUGAAAGCGACCAGACUGCAAAGCCGCAGGCUGGAACUCAACCGCAGACGCAGCCACAGCCAGCUUCUCAACACGCAGCUGAGGCUUUCUAUUCCUCAACACAGCCCGAUUCCCAGCCCGGGUCUACGCCUCGGCAAGGGUACGAGUCUUCCAUCCCAGUCGACGUCGACGCCUCGACGGACCCAGAGCUCGAAGCAGCCAUUUCAGAGUUUCAAGACUACUGCGAGAACAAGCUGACGCUCGCAGUUCGAGCCGAUUGCCCGCUACACAUGGUCAGAAGCUGGACAGACGAGCCCCCAUUCGAUCUGCAACGAUUCUGCAUGACUCUGCGAGGCGCAAACGGAUACACGCUGCACACCACCGAUCGACCUUCGACCAGUCCGUCCUAUGGGGGCUUGCAGGCGAGCAGUACAGGUGCACAGAUGGGCGGAGAUGGACAGAGUGAGAUUGGAAACGUCGCUGGAGGGAUAACUGGAACAGCAGGAACAGUGGGGAAGGGUGGCAGCAAUGACACGGGCAAGAGCAAGGGCAGCAUCGGUGGGGACAAGAACCGUGUGGAUGGAACCAGCGCAGCCGGCGCGCUGGACCCCAAUGACCCGUUGAUCCCUUUCCCAACGGACGAUGACGGCAAAGUAACGACAUUAGCGUCGUCACCAGCGACACAACCAAAGACGCAAGCCGCAAAGAGGAAUUAG